GUAGUGCGAGCGGGCGGGUAUGAACCCAGCUGCCGUCCCCUCGUCGCUGUGACGCAGAUCAAGCGCACCGCAUCUCCCGGCGACAGUCUACGUAACUCGUAUCCACGCCUCGCGCUUAUGUCCGCGAGCUGUCACUCAAGCCCCAUUACGAGCGUUUCUUUAAAGCAGCGGAGCAGCUGAAGGGACGAGAAGAGCUCGAGGAGAACGGCUCGCGCAGAAGAGACCCCGCAGGUUGGCUGCGUCUGCAGCCGGGAGAGGAGGAGACGAUGCCGUCUCCGUCUUUUAACCUCGACGCUCAGCUGAGAUUUCACGACAAAUGGCUGAAGAUAGACCUCCAGAGGGCCUUCUCUCCAGAGGGUCUGUGUGAGAUGUGGAAUGAAAUGGUGAAAGAUGAGGAGAUCACCUUCACCGGAGAGGAGUCGGCUCACACAGAGGAUUGCACUGACUGCUUUGGAGCGCAGAAGAAAGAUGAGCCCAACGACAAAGAGAAGAAGGAGGAGGAGGAGACGUCGACGUGCGUGCACCACGCCAUCAUUGAGACCUGGGACUGGGGCCGGCAGCCAGACGAGGCCGAGCUGAAGGACUGCCUCCUGGUCCUGGUGGACGACCAGCAGAGGCUCUCGGCCCAGAUGGCCAAGAGCACGCUGUCGGCCCGGCGCCUCCGGCAGCGCCUCGUCAUCCUGGAGCGCUACCUCAUCUCGCUCAGCCACAGCAUGAUGGAGGAGAAGUUCAAGGUCCGCUGGAAGGGCCCGCCCAGCCCGCCGCUGCCCGCAGCCGACAACAAGAGCCCCCGUCCGGCCAGUAAAGGUGUUGAAGGUCUGGCCAGAGUCGGCUCCAGAGCCGCGCUCUCCUUCGCCUUUGCUUUCCUGCGUCGCGCCUGGAGAUCAGGAGACGAUGCAGACCUCUGCAGCGAGCUGCUGCAGGAGUCUCUGGACGCGCUGCGAGCGCUCCCAGAAGCCACUCUGUUCGACGAGGGCACCGUGUCCUCGGUGUGGCUGGAGGUCGUGGAGCGGGCCACCAAGUUCCUCAGUGACGUCCACGGCAGCGCCAGCACCAAGGGCAACAUCCCUCUGCAGGACCAGCACCUCGCCCUCGCCAUCCUGCUGGAGCUGGCCGUGCAGCGGGGGACGCUCAGUCAGCUGCUGUCGGCCGUCCUGCUGCUGCUGCGUUUGUGGGAAAGCGGCACCAGAGAGAUGGACAACGAGCGCUCCACGCAGGGAACCAGCGCCCCGCUGCUGCCGCUGCUGCAGCGCCUCCACGGCAUCCACAGCAGCAAGGAGGAGCCGGCCCCCGAGGAGGAGGCGCAGAUCCUCGCGGCCCAGAUGAGUCCCAACGAGAACUUCCUGCGCUACCUGACCUUACCGCAGGACAACGACCUGGCCAUCGACCUCCGGCAGACCGCCGUGGUCAUCAUGGCUCACCUGGACCGCCUGGCCUCUCCCUGCAGCCCCCCACACUGCAACUCGCCCACAUCACACAAGGGUACCCUGCAGGAGGUGAUCGCCUGGGGCCUGUUGGGCUGGAAGCUCUACGCCAACGUCAACGGGCCCAUCCACUGCAAAGGCCUGUCGAGUCUCGGGGUCGCUCAGGUCGUCUGUUCGGAGAAGGGCUUCCUCAUCCUGUCCAGCAGCGGUGCCGUUUACACCCAGAACUACAAGAGCACCACGCUGGCUCCGGUCCUGAUCCACGGCCUGAGCUCCAGGAAGGUGGUGAAGCUGGCGGCUCACCCCGACGGGCAGCACUACCUGGCCCUGUCGUCCAACGGGGAGGUGUUCUCGUGGGGCUGCGGGGACGGAGGUCGCCUCGGGCACGGAGACGCCACGUAUCUGGAGGAGCCCACGAUGAUCGCGGCCUUCAACGGGAAGCAGACGGGGAAGCACGUGGUGCACGUCGCCUGCGGGAGCACGUACAGCGCCGCCAUCACGGCCGACGGGGAGCUGUAUACGUGGGGCCGGGGGAACUACGGCCGGCUGGGCCACGGCUCCAGCGAGGACCAGACCACGCCCAUGCUGGUGACGGCGCUCAAGGGGCUGAAGGUGAUGGACGCGGCGUGCGGGAGCGGCGACGCGCAGACGCUCUCUGUGACGGAGAACGGUCAGGUCUGGUCCUGGGGGGACGGGGACUACGGUAAACUGGGCCGAGGAGGCAGCGAUGGCUGCAAGACCCCCAAGCUCGUGGAGAAGCUGCAGGACCUGGACGUGGUGAAGGUGUGCUGCGGCAGCCAGUUCUCCGUGGCCCUCACCAAAGAUGGGCAGGUGUACACCUGGGGCAAGGGAGACAACCAGCGCCUCGGCCACGGCACCGACGAGCACGUUCGAUACCCCAAGCUGCUCGACAGCCUCCAGGGGAAGAAGGUGGUGGACGUGGCGGUGGGCUCGACGCACUGCCUCGCCCUCACGGACGACGGCGAGGUGCACAGUUGGGGAAGCAACGACAAGCUGCAGCACUUCGACACGCUGUUCUCCAACAAGAAGCAGCCCAAGGCGCUGCCCGGCCUCAACGCCAAGCACAUCGUGGGGAUCUCCUGCGGCCCGGGACAGAGCUUCGCCUGGUCCUCGUGCUCCAAGUGGUCCGUGGGGCAGCGCGUGCCCUUCGUGGUGGACGUCUGCCCCGUGACCUUUGAGCAGCUGGACCUGCUGCUGCGGCAGGUCAGCGAGGGCAUGGACGGCAGCGCGGACUGGCCCCCCCCGCAGGAGAAGGAGUGCAUGGUGGUCGCCACGCUCAACCUGCUCCGGCUCCAGCUCCACGCGGCCAUAAGCAACCAGGUGGACCCGGAGGACCUGGGUCUGGGUCUCGGCAGCGCGCUGCUGAACAACCUCAAACAGACGGUGGUCGUUCUGGCGAGCAACGCCGGGGUCCUCAACUCCGUGCAGGCGGCCGCCCAGGCCGUCCUCCAGAGCGGCUGGUCGGUGCUGCUGCCCACCGCCGAGGAGCGAGCCAGGGCGCUGUCCUCGCUGCUGCCCAACGCCGCGUCGGGAAACGAGAUGAGUGUGAGUCCCGGUCGCCGCUUCAUGAUCGACCUGCUGGUCAGCAGCUUGAUGGCCGACGGCGGCCUGGAGUCUGCUCUGAACGCAGCCAUCACGGCGGAGAUACAGGACAUUGAAGCCAAGAAGGAGGCUCAGAAGGAGAAGGAGAUCGACGAGCAGGAGGCCAACGCCUCCACGCUGCAGCGCUGUCGCGCCGUGCUGGACAAAGACCUCAUCAACACCGGCAUCUACGAGUCCGCGGGGAAGCAAAGCCUUCCUCUGGUGCAGCUCGUGCAGCAGCUGUUGAGGAACAUCGCCUCGCAGACCGUCGCCAGGCUGAAGGACGUCGCUCGCCGCAUCUCCAACUAUCUGGAGGCGGAGCACGUGAGCAAGGAGCGCUCGGCGUCUCUGGACCUGCUGCUGCGCUUCCAGAGGCUGCUGGUCAGCAAGCUGUACCUGGGCGUCAGCGGCACGGAGAGCGCCAACGGAUACAACCCGGAGCUUCUGGGCGUCGGCUCCCUGUUAAAGAAGUACAUCGCCCUGCUGUGCACUCACAUCGGAGACAUCCUCCCGGUGGCGACCAGCAUCGCCUCCACCGGCCGCCGCCACUUUGCUGAAGUCUCUCGUGUCAUUGAAGGAGAUCUAACUGGAGUGCUGCUGCCCGAGCUGGUGGUGUCCAUCGUCCUCCUCCUCACCAUCGAUGCAGGUCUGAUGCAGGAGACCGGAUCCAUCCCUCUCCUGGCCGGACUCCUGGAGCACCUGGACCGCUUCAACCACCUGGCCCCGGGUCACGAGAGGGACGACAAUGAGGAUCUGGCCUGGCCAGGCAUUAUGGGAUCCUUCUUCACAGGUCAGAGCUCCAAGAACAACGAGGAGGUUUCCCUGAUCCGCAAGGCCGACCUGGAGAACCACAACAAGGACGGCGGCUUCUGGACGGUCAUCGACGGGAAGGUGUACGACAUCAAGGACUUCCAGGCUCAGUCCCAGUCGCUGGCGGGGAACAGCGUCCUGGCCCAGUUUGCAGGCGGGGACCCGGUGCUCGCUCUGGAGGCCGCGCUGCUGUUUGAGGACACCAGGGAGUCCAUGCAGGCCUUCUGCGUGGGCCAGUACAUGGAGCCCAACCAGGAGACCGUCACCACCCCGGACCUCAGCAGCCUGUCGUCGCCGCUCAUCGACGCGGAGAGGAACCUGGGGCUGCUGCUGGGCCUCCACGCCUCCUACCUGGCCAAGAGCACCCCGCUGUCCCCCAUGGAGGUGGAAUGUGCCAAGUGGCUCCGGUCCUCCAUCUUCUCCGGGGGUCUGCAGACCAGUCAGAUCCACUACAACUACAACGAAGAGAAGGACGAGGACCACUGCAGCUCCCUGGGCACCACCACCCCGGACAAGGUCGAGCUCUACUCCCGCAGAAUCACCCUCAGCGACCACGCGCAGCCUUUCCUUCAGGCCAUCGCUGACAACAACACCCAGGACCACACCGUGAAGGACUUCCUGUGCCAAAUCGAGCGCUGCUGUAAGCAGUACCACCUCAUCACGCCCAUCACCUUCCCCCCCGAGCACCCCGUGGAGGAGGUCGGCCGCCUGCUGCUCUGCUGCCUGCUGAAGCACCAGGACCUCGGACACGUCGCCCUUUCCCUCGUCAGUCAGUGUGCCCUGGGCGUGGACCAAGGGAAGCAGAGGUCCCUCCCCAAAUCUGUGAUUGACGUGUGCCGCAUGGUCUACCAGGCCAAGUGUUCCUUAAUCAAGACCCACCAGGAGCAGGGCCGCUCCUACAAGGAGGUGUGUGCGCCCGUCAUCGAGCGGCUGCGCUUCCUGUUCAACGAGCUGCGCCCGGCGGCGAGCAACGACCUCUCCAUCGUGUCCAAGCUGAAGCUGCUGAGCUCUCAGCCGCGCUGGAGGAGGAUCACCCAGAAACUCAUCCGGGACCGCAGGAAAAAGAGAGUGCCAAAGAAAUCCGAGUCUGCCGACACAGAGGAGCCAAAGCUGGAGAAUGAAGGGCCCAAGGGGGAGGAGCUUAACGUCCACAUCAGCCCCGCGCCGGCCGACAGGAAGUCGCCCACCAGCCGGACCUCCAAGCAGGACAAAUGGCACCCGCUGCUUCACACCGUGGCCAAGGUGCAGAAGAACCGCUGGCUGAAGCACAGCGUCCUGGGGCCCUUCUCUCAGUCCAGCCUCAUGGUCACCAUCGUGGAGUUCGCCCUGAAGGAGGAGCCGCUGGACGUGGAGAAGAUGAGGAAGUGUCUUCUCAAGCAGCUGGAGCGAGCCGAGGUGAGGCUGGAGGGCAUCGACACCAUGCUGAAGUUGGCCUCCAAGAGCUUCCUGCUGCCGUCGGUGCAGUACGCCAUGCUGUGUGGCUGGCAGAGGGUCACACCGGAGGGCACCAACAUCGGAGAGCCCCUGUCGGACUGCCUGAAGGACGUGGAUCUGAUCCCGCCCUUCAACCGCAUGCUGCUGGAGGUGACCUUCGGCAAGUUGUAUUCCUGGGCCAUCCAGAACGUCCGCAACAUCCUGCUGGAGGCCGGCACCCGCUUCAAAGAGCUCGGCGUGCAGCCGGUACCCCUGCAGACCAUCACCAACGAGAACCCGGCGGGGCCGAGUCUCGGCACCAUUCCUCAGGCCCGGUUCCUCCUGGCCAUGAUCCACAUGCUGUCCCUGAAGCACGGCUCCAACAGCCUGAGCCUGCUGCUCAACUCGGGCUUGUUGGCGCUCACGCAGAGCGUCCUGCGGCUCAUCGGGCCCAGUACAGACAGCAGUGAGGAGGACCUGAGUCUCUGUGCUCAAGGAGGCUCCGCUACAGUCCUGGAGGAGUCCAGAAAGGAGACGGCCCCGACCCCCCUGCCCGCCUCGGGCCCCGAGCUGGCUGCUAUGAUGAAGAUAGGCACGAGGGUCAUGAGGGGGGUCGACUGGAAGUGGGGAGAUCAGGACGGUCCGGCACCAGGUCUCGGCCGGGUCAUUGGGGAGCUGGGCGAGGACGGCUGGAUCAGGGUCCAGUGGGACACCAGCAGCACCAACUCGUACAGGAUGGGCAAGGAGGGCAAAUACGACCUGAAGCUGGCGGAGCUGCCGCUGGCUGCCCAGCCCCCGACUGAGGACUCGGACACGGAGGACGACACAGAAGGGGAGCAGAUGGAGAAGAGCAGCCACCCGACGGCCAUGAUGAUGACCAGCACGGUGAACCUGCUGAAGACGCUGUCGCUGACGGCGGGCAUCCACGCCGAGGUGCUGCAGACCGACGCCACCCGGACCCUCUGCGGCCUCCUGAGGACGCUGGUGGAGAGCGGCGCCAACGACAAGUCUCUCCCGGGCUGCCACGCCCACAGGCUGGUCUCUCGGGACCAGCACCGGAGCUGGUCCACGCUGGGCUUCAUACGCAGCAUCGCGCUGGUGCCCCAGAUGUGCGGCACGCUCAGCACCUCGGCCUGGAUCGGCCUGCUGAUCCGGAUCGUGGAGGGGCACCGGUCCUUCAGCGGGGUCACCCUGCAGAGACAGAUCCUGGCGCUCCGCCUCCUUCAGGCCGUCCUGCCCUCGUGGGACAAGAUGGAGCGCUCGCAGGACAUGAAGUUCCUGGUGGAGAAGUUGUUCAACUUCCUGGGAAGCCUGCUGAGCACCUGCUCCUCCGACCUGCCACUCCUCAGAGAGGGUUCCCUGAGGAGGAGGAAGUCCCGCCCCCAGGCGUCUCUCACGGCCACUCACAGCAGCACGCUGGCGGAGGAGAUCGUGUCGGUGCUGCGCACGCUGCACUCGCUCAGCCAGUGGAACUACAUGAUCAACGACUACGUCAACGCGCAGCUGAGCGCCAUCGGAGACGUGAUGGCUGGCUGUCAGUCUGAGGCUUGUUUUUUGGAGGACUACUUCCCUGACUCUGAGGUCCCCCGGGUGGGCACCCUGAUGGCGGUGAUGGCGGUCAUCGGAGGAAUCGACGGGCGCCUCAGACUCGGAGGCCAAGUCCUCCACGAGGAGCACGGAGAGGGAACCGUCACUCGCAUCACCCCGAAGGGACGGAUCACGGUCCAGUUCCAGGACAUGAGGACCAGCAGGGUCUGCCUGCUGAGCCACCUCAAACCGGUCCCGGCCGUGUCCUUCAGCGUGCAGAACCUCCCCUUCUCGGACCCCAUGCUGGUGGUCUGGGCUCAGCUGGUCAGCCUGGCCGGAAGCAAACUGGAGAAGCAACGCAUGAAGAAGUCCGUCAGCCGAGGGCUCUCAGCCGACCAGGUGGACGUGCACCUGCUGCGCUGCCAGCAGCUCCGGCUGUACAUCCUGAAGGCGGGUCGGGCUCUGCUGGCCCACCAGGACCAGCUGAGGCAGAUCCUCUCCCAGGCCGCCGUCUUCUUGGACAUCGGGCCCAACGCCAUCGAGGACCCGGUGGCGUCCUCCCCCGACGUGGGCGACCUGUCCCCGGAGGGUCCGGUGCCGCCGCUGAUCCUCCUGCAGCAGCUGCUGUCCGCCGCCACUCAGCCGUCGCCCAUCAAAGCCGUCUUUGACAGGCAGGAGAUGGAGGCUGCAGCUCUGGCCGUGUGUCAGUUCCUCGCGGUGGAGUCCGCCCACCCGUCCUCGCCGCUGUUCGAGGAGAGCAGCUCCAGCGAGGCCACCACGCCCGUGACCGUGCAACACGUCCGCCCCCCCAAGCAGAAGAAGCAGAAGGCCUCCCCCGUGCCCCCCGUCCCCAUCGUCCUCCAGCUCAUGGAGAUGGGCUUCGUGCGGAAAAACAUCGAGUUCGCCUUGAAGUCGUUGUCCGGGACGACGGGCGCCUCCGGCGUCCCGGGCGUGGAGGCUCUGGUGGGCUGGCUGCUGGACCACCCGGACGUCCACGUCACCGAGCUGUCGGACGCCGACACCGCGACAGACGAAUACUCUGACGAGGAGGUGCUGGAGGAGCUGGAGGAGGCCGAGCCCACGUUCCCCGUGCCUCCAGGUGCCGCGGUGACGGAGAGCCAGACCUUCAAGAAGAGAUCAGACUUCCAGAGCAACGACGACUACGCCGUCUACGUGAGAGAGAACAUCCAGGUGGGGAUGAUGGUGAAGUGCUGCAGAACGUACGAGGAAGUGUACGACGGCGAUGUGGGGAAAGUGAUCAAGCUGGACCGAGACGGGCUCCAUGACCUGAACGUGCAGUGUGACUGGCAGCAGAAAGGAGGAACCUACUGGGUCCGAUACAUCCACAUCGAGCUGCUGGGAUUCCCACCACAAAGUUCUCCCUCUCACAUAAAGAUCGGAGACAAAGUGAGAGUGAGACCCUCGGUCACCACACCGAAGUACAAAUGGGGCUCCGUCACUCACAGGAGUGUUGGGGUCGUGAAAGCCUUCAGCGCCAACGGGAAGGAUGUGAUCGUGGACUUCCCCCAGCAGUCCCACUGGACCGGCCUGCUGUCUGAGAUGGAGCUGGUGCCCAGCGUCCACCCCGGAGUGAGGUGUGACGGCUGCCAGAUGUUCCCCAUCAACGGGCCCAGAUUCAAAUGCAGGAGCUGCGACGACUUCGACUUCUGUGAGAACUGCUUCAAGACCCGCAAACACAACGCCAGGCAUUCCUUUGGUCGGAUCAACGAGCCGGGCCAGUCCCCGUCGUCCUGCGGCCGCUCGGGGAAGCAGCUGAAGAGGCCUCCCAGUAGCCAGCGCGGCAUGCUGGUGGACGACUGGUGCCGCGCGGUGAAGAGCCUCAGCGUGUCGUCCUCCGUCAACCAGGCGGCGCGCCUCAUCGACUGCAGCGAGCAGUGCUGGCAGUCCUCCGGCUCGCAGGGGAAGCACUGGGUCCGUCUGGAGCUCUUCCCGGACGUCCUGGUGCACCGGCUGAAGGUGGUGGUGGACCCGGCAGACAGCAGCUACAUGCCCUCCCUGGUGGUGGUGUCAGGUGGCGGCUCCUUGAACAACCUGGUGGAGCUGAAGACGAUCAACAUCAACCCCACGGACACCAGCGUCCUGGUGCUGAGCGACUGCACCGAGUUUCACAGGUACAUCGAGGUCGCCAUCAAGCAGUGCCGCAGCUCCGGUAUCGACUGUAAGAUCCACGGGCUGAGCGUGGUGGGGCGCAUCAGAGCGGAGGACGAAGACCUCGCCGCCGUGCCCUUCCUGGCCUCUGACAACGAGGAGGAGGACGAGGACAAGACCACCACCGGGAGUCUUGCCCGGAAGAAGUCUUCAGGGUUGGAGUCUUCAGCGACCAUCAGGACCAAAGUGUUUGUGUGGGGGCUGAACGACAAGGACCAGCUGGGAGGACUCAAGGGCUCUAAGAUCAAGGUGCCCUCCUUCUCCGAAACGCUCUCUGCUCUCAACGUGGUUCAAGUGGCCGGCGGUUCCAAAAGCCUCUUUGCAGUGACGGUGGAGGGGAAGAUCUACGCGUGCGGCGAGGCCACCAACGGCAGGCUGGGUCUGGGUCUGUCCAGCGGCACCAUCCCCAUCCCGCGGCAGAUCACCGCGCUCAGCAACUACGUGGUGAAGAAGGUCGCCGUGCACUCGGGGGGGCGGCACGCCAUGGCGCUGACCGUGGACGGGAAGGUGUUCUCCUGGGGGGAGGGAGACGACGGCAAGCUGGGCCACUUCAGCAGAAUGAACUGUGACAAACCUCGGCUGAUCGAGGCGCUGAAGACGAAGCGCAUCAGGGACAUCGCCUGCGGCAGCUCGCACAGCGCCGCCAUCACCUCCAGCGGCGAGCUGUACAGCUGGGGGCUCGGCGAGUACGGCCGCCUGGGCCACGGAGACAACACCACGCAGCUGAGGCCCAAACUGGUGAAAGUGCUUCUGGGCCACCGCGUCAUCCAGGUGGCUUGUGGGAGCCGAGAUGCCCAAACUCUGGCCCUCACCGAUGAAGGGCUGGUGUUCUCUUGGGGCGACGGGGAUUUCGGGAAGCUGGGUCGCGGAGGCAGCGAAGGCUGCAACAUCCCCCAGAACAUCGAGAGGCUGAACGGGCAGGCGGUCUGCCAGAUCGAGUGCGGAGCUCAGUUCUCCUUGGCGCUGACCAAGACCGGCGUGGUGUGGACCUGGGGCAAAGGAGACUACUUCCGACUGGGUCACGGCACCGACGUCCAUGUGCGGAAGCCCCAGAUGGUGGAAGGCCUGAGGGGGAAGAAGAUCGUCCACGUGGCUGUCGGAGCGCUGCACUGUUUGGCUGUUACAGACACGGGACAGGUGUUUGCGUGGGGGGACAACGACCACGGGCAGCAGGGCAACGGCACCACCACCGUGAACAGGAAGCCCACCCUGGUCCAGGGUCUGGAGGGGCAGAAGAUCACGCGGGUGGCCUGUGGCUCCUCCCACAGCGUGGCCUGGACUACCGUGGACGUGACCACGCCCUCGGUCCACGAGCCCGUCCUGUUCCAGACCGCCAGGGACUCGCUGGGCGCCUCCUACCUAGGCGUCCAGUCAGACAGUGACUCCUCCUCUGCAGUGAACAACAAGCUGAUUGGUCCGAGCAGCGUGAAGCCCAACCGGCCCUCGCUGGCUAAGAUCCUCCUCAGUCUGGACGGGAACGCGGCCAAACAGCAGGCGCUGACCCACGUGCUGUCGGCCCUCCAGAUCAUGUAUGCCAGGGACGCCGUGGCCGGGGCUCUGAUGCCGGCCAGCAUGAUCCUGCCUGCGGAGUGUCCGGCCAGCUCACCCGGCCCCCCGUCAGACUCCUCGUCCUCCUCCAGCGUGAGUGAUGAGGAAGGACCGCCCGUCCUGCUGGAGGCCGAGGAACGAGUCAGCCCCAAUCCCUGGCAGGACAAGAAGGGAGAGGCUCCCUCCCCAGAAGAUGCCGUCACCCCGUCGUCGGCCAUCACCCCCUCGCCCUCCGGCGCCUCCUCGCGGCCCUUCAUCCCCGUCACCGACGACCCCGGAGCCGCCAGCAUCAUCGCGGAGACCAUGACCAAGACCAAAGAGGACUCCGAGGGCCAGAGCAAGGCGGCGGGCCCGGAGCCCCAGUACCUGGACGAGUUCACCGGGCUGCUGGUGCCGGACGACACCCGCGUGAUGGUGGACCUGCUCAAGCUGGCCGUGUCCUGCCGCUCCGGGGACAAGGGCAAGGAGGUGCUGUCCGCCGUGCUGUCCGGGAUGGGCACGGCGUACCCUCAGGUCGCCGACAUGCUGCUGGAGCUCUGCGUCACCGAGCUGGAGGACGUCGCCACGGACUCUCAGAGCGGCCGCCUGUCCUCCCAGCCCGUCGUGGUGGAGAGCAGCCACCCGUACACGGACGACACCUCCACCAGCGGAGCCGUGAAGAUCCCAGGGGCCGAGGGUCUGAGGAUAGAGUUCGACCGGCAGUGCUCCACCGAGCGGCGCCACGACCCGCUGACCAUCAUGGACGGAGCCAAUCGGAUCGUCUCCGUCAGAUCAGGUCGGGAGUGGUCCGACUGGUCCAGUGAGCUGAGGAUCCCCGGAGAUGAACUCAAGUGGAAGUUCACCAGCGACGGCUCGGUGAACGGGUGGGGCUGGCGCUUCACCGUCUACCCCAUCAUGCCUGCUGCUGGUCCCAAAGACCUGCUGUCCGACCGCUGCAUCCUGUCCUGCCCCUCCAUGGACCUGGUCACCUGUCUGCUGGACUUCAGGCUGAACUUCGCCUCCAACAGGAGCAUCGUGCCUCGUCUCGCCGCUUCCCUCGCCGCUUGUGCCCAGCUGAGUGCGCUAGCUGCAGGACACCGCAUGUGGGCUCUGCAGAGACUACGGAAGCUUCUGACCACCGAGUUCGGUCAGUCCAUCAACAUCAACCGGCUGCUGGGAGACGGGGAGGGCGAGGCUCGCUCCAUGAGCUUCUCCGGCAGUGCUCUGGCGGCUCUGGUGAAGGGGCUCCCUGAGGCUCUGCAGCGGCAGUACGAGUACGAGGACCCCAUCGUGAGGGGGGGCAAGCAGCUGCUGCACAGCCCCUUCUUCAAGGUGCUCGUGGCUCUCGCCUGCGACCUGGAGCUCGACACGCUGCCCUGCUGUGCCGAGACGCACAAGUGGGCCUGGUUCCGCCGGUACUGCACGGCCUCCAGGGUCGCCGUGGCGCUGGACAAGAGGACCCCUCAGCCGAGACCCUUCCUGGACGAGGUCACCAAGAAGGUCCGGGAGCUCAUGGCGGACCACGAGAGCGUGAACGUCCUCCACGAGAGCCACGAGCUGUUCAAGCGCGAGCACGACGAGCAGCUGGUGCAGUGGAUGAACCGGCGGCCCGACGACUGGACGCUCUCCGCCGGGGGCAGCGGCACCAUCUACGGCUGGGGCCACAACCACAGGGGGCAGCUGGGGGGCAUCGAGGGGGCGAAGGUCAAAGUGCCCACGCCCACCGAGGCCCUCGCCACGCUGAGGCCGGUGCAGCUCAUCGGGGGGGAGCAGACUCUGUUCGCCGUCACCGCCGAUGGAAAGCUGUACGCUACAGGAUACGGUGCCGGGGGCCGGCUGGGCAUCGGGGGCACGGAGUCCGUGUCCACCCCGACGCUGCUGGAGUCGGUCCAGCACGUGUUCGUCAGGAAAGUGGCCGUGAACUCCGGAGGGAAGCACUGCCUGGCGCUGUCCUCUGAGGGGGAGGUGUACUCGUGGGGGGAGGCCGAGGACGGCAAGCUGGGUCACGGGAACCGGAGCCCCUGCGACCGCCCCCGUGUGAUCGAGUCCCUGAGGGGGGUGGAGGUGGCGGACGUCGCCGCCGGAGGGGCGCACAGCGCCUGCAUCACGGCCAGCGGAGAGCUCUUCACCUGGGGCAAAGGUCGCUACGGGCGGCUGGGACACGGGGACAGCGAGGACCAGCUCAAGCCCAAACUGGUGGAUGCGCUGCAGGGUCACAGGGUCAUCGAUGUCGCCUGCGGCAGCGGCGACGCCCAGACGCUGUGUCUCACGGACGACGACAUGGUCUGGUCCUGGGGGGACGGGGACUACGGCAAGCUGGGCCGAGGAGGAAGUGACGGCUGCAAAAUCCCCAUGAAGAUCGACUCGCUCACCGGCCUCGGCGUGGUCAAAGUGGAGUGCGGCUCUCAGUUUUCUGUGGCGCUCACCAAGUCUGGAGCUGUGUACACAUGGGGGAAAGGCGACUAUCACCGGCUCGGCCACGGCUCCGACGACCACGUUCGGCGGCCGCGACAGGUUCAGGGACUGCAGGGAAAGAAGGUCAUCGCCAUCGCCACGGGGUCGCUGCACUGCGUGUGCUGCACUGAGGACGGAGAAGUCUACACGUGGGGGGACAACGACGAGGGCCAGCUGGGGGACGGGACCACCAACGCCAUCCAGAGGCCCCGGCUGGUGGCGGCGCUGCAGGGCAAGAAGAUCAACCGGGUGGCCUGUGGCUCCGCCCACACCCUCUCCUGGUCCACCAGCAAGCCCACCAACGCCGGGAAGCUGCCCGCUCAGGUCCCCAUGGAGUACAACCACCUGCAGGAGAUCCCCAUCAUGGCCCUGAGGAACAGGCUGCUGCUGCUGCACCACAUCUCAGAGCUCUUCUGCCCGUGCAUCCCCAUGUUUGACCUGGAGGGCCGGCUGGGCCAGACGGGCCACGGACCCCCGGUGGGCUUCGACACCCUCAGGGGCAUCCUCAUCUCCCAGGGCAAGGAAGCGGCGUUCAGGAAGGUGGUUCAAGCCACGAUGGUGCGGGACAGGCAGCACGGCCCGGUGGUGGAGCUCAACCGGAUACAGGUGAAGCGGUCUCGUAGCAAAGGAGGUCUGGCGGGUCCCGAUGGAACCAAGUCCGUGUUCGGUCAGCUGUGUGCCAAGAUGAGCUCGUUCAGCCCCGACAGCCUUCUGCUGCCUCACCGCGUCUGGAAGGUCAAGUUCGUAGGGGAGUCCGUGGACGACUGCGGGGGAGGCUACAGCGAGUCCAUCGCCGAGAUGUGCGAGGAGCUGCAGAACGCCCUGACGCCGCUGCUCAUCGUCACGCCCAACGGCCGCGACGAGUCGGGCGCCAACCGGGACUGUUUCCUGCUGAACCCGGCGGCCAAGUCCCCCCUCCACAUGAGCAUGUUCCGCUUCCUGGGAGUUCUCCUGGGCGUCGCCAUCCGGACCGGAAGCCCUCUGAGUCUGAACCUGGCCGAGCCGGUGUGGAAACAGCUGGCCGGCAUGAACCUGACCAUCGCCGACCUCAGCGAGGUCGAUAAGGACUUCAUCCCCGGCUUGAUGUACAUCCGGGACAACGAGGCCGAGGCCGAGGAGUUCGAGGCCAUGACGCUUCCCUUCACGGUGCCCAACGCCAGCGGUCAGGACAUCCAGCUGAGCUCCAAGUACUCGCACAUCACGCUGGAGAACCGGGCGGAGUACGUCCGCCUGGCCAUCAACUACAGGCUGCACGAGUUUGACGAGCAGGUGUCAGCGGUUCGGGAGGGAAUGGCUCGAGUGGUCCCCGUCCCGUUGUUGUCGCUGUUCACCGGAUACGAGCUGGAGACGAUGGUGUGCGGCAGCCCGGACAUCCCGCUCCACCUGCUGAAGUCGGUGGCCACGUACAAAGGGGUGGAGCCCACGUCGUCGCUCAUCCAGUGGUUCUGGGAAGUGAUGGAGUCCUUCUCCAACACGGAGCGGUCCCUCUUCCUGAGGUUCGUCUGGGGGCGAACGCGCCUGCCGCGCACCAUCGCCGACUUCCGGGGGCGGGACUUUGUCGUGCAGGUGCUGGAUAAGUACAACCCCCCCGACCACUUCCUGCCCGAGUCCUACACCUGCUUCUUCCUGCUGAAGCUGCCCAGGUACUCGUGUAAGCAGGUUCUGGAGGAGAAGCUGAAGUACGCGAUCCACUUCUGCAAAUCCAUCGACACCGACGACUACGCCCGCAUCGCGCUGUCCGGGGAGCCGGCGGCCGACGACAGCAGCGAGGACUCCGACAACGAGGACGCCGACUCCUUCGCAUCGGACUCCACCCAGGACUACCUGACGGGACACUGAGCACACACACACACACACACACUGAGCACGCACACACACAUGAACACACACACUGAGCACACACACACUGAGCACACACACGUUGAACACACACA